AUGAACGACGAUCUGGAAGACUUGUCCGAAACCGAAGACGAGGAUUUGAAUGAACGCAUCAUUCCCAAGCAGCAUGUGGGUCACCGUACGGAGCUCCACGGUGGUGGCAUCAACGAUCAAGUAGGUCGCCAUCAAGGCAUUCGGAAGACGAAUGGAGGCCAAUCUAGAGGCAAGAGGGUCGACUGGUCCUCUUCGGAAGAUAGUGAGGCAGCUUACAAGAGAUUCAAGAAUCGGAAAUCAGUCAAGCGCAAGAAAGCUGCUGCAAGUACCAGGCAGGCAAAGGCAAUCGAGAAUGGAAAUCGUCAAAGCCAAAAGAAAAAAGGGCGUCCAUCUACGAAAGCGAAAGGAAAGUCGAAGGAACGGCAGUGGGAUGAUGACCUAUCUGAGGAUGACCAAUUGAUGGAAUACACAUUACCCGACUACGUCCAGAAUCGCAGAAAGAAAUUUGACUGUCGUUACGAAAAGCUCAAAGCCGCUGGGUUGAAGUUGCCGCCUACCUACGAUGAAAUCGAUUUCUCUGAUGAUGAAAACUUAGAAGACCUGGAGGAAAAGCCGGAUUUUUCGAAAGGAAAAUCUUCUGCUCCCUACAAAGAUAUACAGCUACCAAAAUCUCUUGGAAUUAUACCUGCUUCUAUCGCUCAAUGGCUAAGAGACUACCAAGUUGAAGGGACAGGUUUUCUUCACGCGCUCUUUGUCUACCAGACUGGUGGGAUACUGGGUGACGACAUGGGUCUAGGCAAGACUGUUCAAGUGAUUGCAUUCUUGACCGCAGCUUUCGGAAAAACAGGAGAUGAACGAGAUGCAAAACGAAUGCGAAAAAUGAGGAGAGCAGGAGCGCCAUGGUAUCCCAAACUGCUAGUAGUGUGUCCGGGGAGUCUGAUAGAAAACUGGAAAAAUGAAUUCGAUAGAUGGGGCUGGUGGCACGUAGACACAUAUCACGGCUCUUCGAAAGACGAAGUCCUAGAGGCUGCAAUAAAGGGUAGGCUGGAAGUCAUGAUAACGACGUACUCCACGUAUCGCUUAAACAAGGACUCAAUCAACAUGGUUGAAUGGGACACUAUUAUCGCAGAUGAAUGCCAUCAGAUCAAAGGUAGAAAUUCAGAAAUCACGCAGGCUAUGAAUGAAGUCAAUGCUUUGUGUCGCAUUGGACUCACAGGGACUGCCAUACAGAAUUCUUAUGAUGAACUUUGGGUUCUAUUGAAUUGGACAAACCCAGGCAAGUUCGGACCCAUAUCGACAUGGAAGCAAAGUGUUAGCGAACCCCUGAAAAUGGGCCAAUCUCACGAAGCAACUAUGUAUCAAUUGGCCAAAGCAAGGAAGACAGCUGAGAGGCUUGUUAAGAACUUACUGCCUCAAUUUUUUCUUCGGCGAAUGAAGACACUGAUCGCGCACCAAUUGCCAAAGAAGAGCGAUCGAGUAGUCUUCUGCCCCUUGACAGAUACGCAGGCCGAUGCUUACGAAAAUAUGAUCGAUAGCGAUGUAGUACGCUACAUUAGAGAAUCUGCUACUGACUGCUACUGUGGCUCAGGCAAAAAGACUGGCUGGUGUUGUCAACAGACUCUUCCAGACGGCGGAAAAUGGCAAUCCUACGUCUUCCCUGCUAUUGCACAUCUUCAGAAAGUUUCGAAUCACCUUGCCAUCUUAAUACCUCAGUCAAAUGACCCGAAAGAUAAACAGGACAAAGAUCUUGAAAUGCUUCAGGUAGCUGUUCCUGAUCAAUGGCGCCGGCUGUACAAGACAAGAGAUAGUAUCAUGAACUAUGCAAACCCAGAGUUCUGCGGUAAAUGGAAAAUACUCAAAAAGCUCUUGACCUUUUGGUUCAACAGUGGCGACAAAGUCCUCGUCUUCUCACAUUCAGUCCGCCUACUCAAGAUGCUGCAGAUGCUCUUCCAACACACAACGUACAAUGUCAGUUAUCUGGAUGGCGCCAUGAAAUAUGAAGACCGCGCGAAGACGGUAGACGAUUUCAACAGUGAUCCUGACCAAUUUGUUUUCCUCAUAAGCACGAAAGCCGGCGGCGUUGGCCUGAAUAUCACGUCAGCUAAUAAAGUAGUCAUUGUAGAUCCAAAUUGGAAUCCCGCUUACGAUCUGCAAGCCCAGGAUCGUGCAUAUCGAAUCGGUCAAGUGAGGGAUGUCGAAGUGUUUCGCCUGAUAUCAGCCGGCACCAUCGAAGAAAUUGUGUACGCGAGGCAAAUCUACAAACAGCAACAGGCCAAUAUUGGCUACACCGCUAGCCACGAGCGUCGUUAUUUCAAAGGCGUACAAGAAAGUAAAGAUCAGAAAGGCGAGAUCUUUGGGCUUACAAAUCUAUUUACCUUUCAGGAUGAGAAGGUUGUGCUUAGGGACAUCGUCAACAAGACUAACGUAGCCGAAUCACGGGCAGGAGUCACAAUUGCGGGUGUCGAUUUAGACCUUGAUAGCCAGGUUACUGCCUCCGCUGAUGAUCCCUUCAUUCCAGACCCGGGCGACACCGGAGAGGACAGCGCAAUGUCUCAGCUGGCUGCCUCUAUCAUAGAAGAAGUCGAAUCCAUUGGCGACCCAAAACCAACGAAGAAACGCAAACACAAUAGCACCAAUGGUUCCGCCACAGGUCCGAACAAAUUGCCCAAAAAAUCAGACCCGAUCUCCGCAAUCUUAGCAGGCGCAGGCGUCGAGUACACGCAUUUCAACAACGAAGUCGUCGGCUCCUCUAAAAUCGAGGCAAAUCUCUCUCGUCGCGCCCAGGAAGCGGGCGCUGACAUCGCCUUCGGGGAUCAGCAUGUUUUUGCUCGCAACACCCAGGGCGAGUCCCCAAAGCGCCCCAACCGGAGUCCACUUCCCAAUGGCCGGCAUGAUACCACGGAUGAAAACGACGACGUGAGUUCCAUCCACUGGCGCUACCACCCGCCGGAAGAGGUAAAGAAAAGGCAGCUCUGCGAGAUGGCGCGUAUCUUCGGUUUGAAAGACCCAGUGGAGUUUUCACUCUGUGUGGAAGGCUGGACACAGGCACAAAGAAGGAAAUGUCUUGAGAAAUACUACGCUCUUAGGAGGAAAGAGUUGGGGUUUGGGAUCAAGAAGGGUGAUGGUGCUGAGUUGUGGGGGACGGAGAGAGCUGUUGCGAAAGGGGAAAAGGAGAUUGUAAAGGUCAUAGAUGAUGAGGGUGGGGAGGAAUUGGGCAAAAAUGGCGAUAGGACGGAGGCUGAGACGCCCGAGAGAGAGGUGUGGGAGCUUUGA